AUGGCGUACGGUGCACCCCCUCCACAAAACAGGAUGACUUCUAUGGAUCUUAGAGUCGGUGGGAAGUACAGGAUCGGAAAGAAGAUUGGUAGUGGUUCUUUCGGUGAUAUCUACCUCGGUGUGAACAUCGUUUCCGGAGAGGAAGUCGCCAUCAAGCUCGAAUCCGUUAAAGCUAAGCACCCUCAACUCGAGUAUGAAUCCAAAGUCUACAAGACUCUUGCUGGUGGUGUCGGUGUACCCUUCGUGAGAUGGUACGGUACCGAGUGUGAUUACAACGCGAUGGUGCUGGACUUACUUGGUCCAUCCCUUGAAGACCUUUUCAACUUCUGUAACCGAAAAUUCUCUCUCAAGACCGUCCUUCUCCUUGCCGAUCAACUCAUCUCCCGAGUCGAAUACAUCCAUUCACGAAACUUCAUUCACAGAGAUAUCAAACCCGACAACUUCUUGAUGGGUAUCGGUAAACGAGGUAACCAAGUCAACGUGAUUGAUUUUGGUUUGGCCAAGAAAUACCGAGACCCCAAAACCCACCUCCACAUUCCUUACAGGGAGAACAAGAACUUGACUGGUACUGCCCGAUACACCUCUAUCAACACUCACCUGGGUGUGGAGCAAUCUCGAAGAGAUGAUUUGGAAUCGUUAGGCUAUGUGCUUAUGUACUUCCUCCGAGGUCAACUCCCUUGGCAAGGUCUCAAGGCCGCUACCAAGAAGCAAAAGUACGACCGAAUCAUGGAGAAGAAGAUGACCACUCCUACCGAAGUACUCUGUCGAGGAUUCCCCAACGAAUUCGCCAUCUACCUCAAUUACUGUCGAAGCCUCCGAUUCGAUGAUAAACCAGAUUACUCUUAUCUUCGAAAAUUGUUCCGAGACUUGUUCGUCAGAGAAGGUUUCCAAUACGAUUACGUGUUCGACUGGUCCGUCCAACCCUCCAAAGUCCAACAGCAACAACAACAAGAUGAAGCUCAUUUGGCUGCCCAACAACAAGCGAUGCAACAAAAGAGACGAGUCAUGCCUGAGGAACAACUUGGUGUGGGAGAGAACCAACGACAAUUGAGGAGUCAGACUAGGAAUAAUGCGAGAGAACAAGGUGGUUGGUAA